AUGUCUGAGGACGAUCCCCAGCGUCAGCGGCAGCAACAGCAGCAACAGCAAUCAGGUUCUGCUGAUGACAACCGUGUGGACGCUUCGGCCGCUGGGGAGGGUGACGACAACGCGCGGGACUCCGGCGAUGGCCCUGAAGGAGCGGCGGUGUUUACACCGACAGCGGCGCGUGUUGAUGUGCACCCCCUCGUAUUGCUUUCCCUCGUCGAUCACUACGCCCGCAUAAAUGCCAAGAAAACACAGAAACGUCGUGUUGCUGGUUUGCUGCUUGGCCGUCAAAAGCGCUUCGCGGAUGGGACACAGGUAUUGGACAUCAACAACAGUUUUGCCGUGCCUUUUGACGAGGACCAACGUGACCCGGACGUGUGGUUUAUUGAUACGAACUAUGCGGAGGAGAUGUUCUAUAUGUUUCGUCGCGUGCUGCCCAAAGUGCAGGUUGUCGGAUGGUACUCCGCCGGCCCGUCGUUCAGUGUGCAACCGAAUGACAUGCUGCUGCAUCUACUCGUGGCUGACCGCUUCGUCGCCAACCCAGUGUACUGCAUUGUGAACACGGACCCCAACAACAAGGGUGUGCCGGUGCUGGCGUACACCACUGUGCAGGGGCGCGAGGGGGCACGCUCGCUGGAGUUCCGCAACAUCCCGACGCACCUUGGCGCGGAAGAGGCGGAGGAGAUCGGCAUCGAACAUCUGCUGCGCGACCUGACGGACUCCACCAUCACAACGCUCUCCACGCAGAUACAGGAGCGUGAGUUGUCGCUGGCCCACCUCGGUCGUGUCCUGCAGUCCAUUGAAGAGUACCUGCACGAUGUGUCAGAGGGCCUUAUGCCCAUCUCAGAGGAUGUGCUGAGCGUGCUACAGGAGGUCAUAAGCUUGCAGCCACAUAUUUACCACCUCAAGACGUCCACAGAGAUGAUUCGCCAUACGAAUGAUCAGGCAAUUGCAAUGUUUAUUGCCGCAAUCGGCCGUUGUGUUGGCACCCUCUACGAUAUUAUUGCCAAGCGUCGUCGCCUAACCCGUGAAAUGCGGGAGGCGAAGAGUCAACGCGAACAGGCGCUUAGGGAGAAGCUUGAGAACGAGCAGCACAAGGCAAAAGAGGCUGCGGCAGAGGACGGCGGACAAAAGUCGAAGGGAGCGGGAGACGACAAAGGAAAUAUGGCGAAGAAGUGA